AUGGAACGACGAGAUACGAAUUUGAAUCUGUUAUCCAUAGACAGUGCCAAUGUGGCUAGCAAUUACAGCGACUUUGUGUUACAAUGCUUUGUCCAGCUGAAAGGUCGAGAGCAAGGUUUGUUUUUGAAAGAUCUUGAUUUUAGAUAACAAAUGCGGUUAAAACUGUUUCGGAAGGUUGUUUUGGCAUUAUCUGUUAACUUUUUUCUAGUUUUAGAUUAACGUUUUUAUAUUAUCUUUGUUUUACAUUAUGCAGUUCAUAACUUUGUUUUAGAAUGCCUUGAACUUGUUGAAUUGUGUGACCAGUUGAAGAGAAAAUGGAAAGAAUCUUCAGAACAUUGUAUUUUGGCAGAAGAAAAGGCACAAAGAUUGGAAAGAGAGAAGGAGUAAGUUGAAUAUUCUUAGAUUUUAUUGUUUUAGGGAUCUGAGUGCUGCGUAUGAUCUUCUCAACGAAAGAUUUCACGAUUCGGCAGCCAAAGUAGCUACAUUAUUGAGCCAGAAGGAUGAUCUAAAGAAACAAUUGGGCGAAUAUCAAAAACGGAUUCAAAGCAUUAGGACUUUGAUGGAGGUAUGGCUUUUAUAUUUUUAGGUAACAAAAAUAUGUACUUGAAGGUACUAGCUGAAAUUGUAACUAUAAUAUAGUAUUAUGUAUAUGGCUGGUUUGUUAAACGUAAUUUAAGAGGUUUAAGAACGUAUUUUAUUGUUUUUAUGUAAACUUGAUUUAACAUUUUUUAGAAUGAGCUUAAAGGUUCAGCAGCUUUUGGAAAGUUGAUGCAUUUAAGCGAGUUUGAUGAAAAGAAGACAACACGAGGAUCCAGAGCUACUAGGUCAAAUGACUUUGGUCUAGACUUUGACAACUCAGUUGACGAUGAAGAGGAAAUUGACAUUGUUCACCUUCGUGAAGGCAGAAUGUACGAGAGACGAUCUCGCAGUGUGAGUGUUGAUCCAGAGCACAACAAAACUAAAGGACAUGUUGCAAAGAGAAGCAGAAAGCUGCCUGACAAUAUUCAAGAGGUAGAAGAAGAGGAAUAUCAACAUACUUCAACACCACCAAAGAGGUCAAGAGAUGCUGAGGAGUCGAUUACUACGGUGACAACAAUUACUAUGGAUGUCCGGGGAAGAUCGGCUACCAGGGCUUCUGUAGAAGUUCAUAGAGGAAAGAGAUCAAUGUCUGAGGGUAAGGCAAUGGAGAGUAUUAAUACUCCAUUGAGUCAGAAGAGCUAUAGGAUGGGAGGAAGCAGCUCGGAUCUGUAAGUAUUUUAGUUGUGUGUUAAAAUAUAUAUUAAUAUAGAUACUGUUUUAAUAUGUUUGAUAUUAAUUUAGAUAAUUUUGCCAAGUAUAAUUGAAAUGUUUAGACGCACUCCACUGACUGGAAUGGGAUCGUCGUGGACGAAAGGCCGAGCUAUCUUUGACUGUGAACAUUCUUUGGAAGCUGUUAAAGGAUCUUUGAUGAAGAGUUGUGUCGUUUGUAACAGAUCUGUCGCUAUGCAACCUGUUUUUAAAUGUAAAGGUAGGUGUCAGUUUGGUUACUCGAAAUUUAUUUGCAAAAGAGAAAGUUGUAAGAACGCUUAAAAUUUAUUGUUUUUCAGACUGUUCACUGUACCUCCACAACAAUUGCCGAUCCAGAGCUCCUCUGCCAUGUCUCCCAUUUGCUUCAAGCAAGAACCUGACGCCCCAGAAGAAGAACAAGUUCCCUCGACUGGUCGAUCUUUGUCCAAUUACGCCACCUUUGGUACCUGCUACUCUGAUCAGAUUGAUAUACGAGAUUGAGACUAGUAGGAUCGAAACAGAAGGAUUGUAUAGAAUACCUGGGAGUGGGGUUUUGGUGGACAAGCUCUUGGCCAACAUGAGUGGAAGUAUUAUUCCUCAACUGACUCACGAGUACACUGAGGUGUUGACAUCGGCUGUCAGAAAGUUCUUGGUGAAUUUGAAGGUGGGUUUUAUUUAGAAAAGGUUUUGCCUACGUAAACAGGUUUAAUAUCUAAAAUUUACGUAAAAAUACACUAACUUGCUUUAACAAAAACUGCUUUAGGAGCCUCUGAUUCCGAACUCGUCCUACAGCGAAUUCAUUCAGGCUUCCCGCGACGAAACCAAUGGAUCUCUGAUGAAAGCCAUCGCUGAACUCCCAGAGCCCAACAAAGAUACCCUUGCCUUCAUUUGUCUCCACCUUCAAAAGGUGGCUAAAUUUGCUCAUUCGAACAAAAUGACACUUCACAAUCUGGCCAUUUGCAUUGGACUGACUGUAGUGAAAGGUAGUCGCAGGGACGAGAUAAACACAUUCGACAGGAAUGAUGUUAGUCUGGAGGCGGAGAAACAGAGGAGAGUUAUGUUGAAAUUGCUGGAAAUGCCUGAGGUAGGAUAAUUAUAUUAUGUUAGGUGCUGAGGGUUUUACGCAUAUUUUGCGAAUAAAAUUAAGUUGUUUUUUUGAUUUUAUAUCGUUUUAGAUAUUAAAAGGUUUUUUUGGUAUUUUCGACUAAAAUUUUUUUGAAUUUUUUUAAAAAUUUUAAAGAAAGUGUUUGAGUGCAAGUUCUAAUUUUAGGACUACUGGUCCGGCUACCUCAACUCGCGUAUGUGGAUCGUGGCCUCACAAGUCCGUCCUCGCCCUUUCACGCCAGGCCAUGCCGACCAGUCGUUACUCGGCCCAAUCAGCGGAACCCCUCCAAUGAACUUCACUCCGACGAUGCGAUCACAGAAGCGUAGAGGAUUCAGAAACUGA